ACCCUAUCGAACGCAGGCAGGCAGGCAGGCAGGUAGGUCCCAGCACAGAAAAAGCAAAACAUGCCGCGCUCCAUUUCUUCAACCUAACGCCUUCAUCCAUAUACUGUUUCUUCUCUGCUUAAUCCUACAUCCCUUCCACCAUUACCUCUCACACUUAAGCUCCAAGAAACCCUCAAAAAAUGGCGUCUUUUUCUCUCAUUUUCACUCUGGUUUUUCUCUACUGUCUAAUGUCGACGUGGGUUGUUUCUCAGCAGCAGGAGCAGCAACCAGUUCUUGACUCGUUUGAGCAGGAAUCGGUGUACCAAGUUCUGUCCUCCAUCAACUCCUCCAUCCCUUGGCGCUCCCUCUUCCCCGAUGAUCUCUGCUCCUCCGCCCCGCAUGGCGUCGUUUGCGACUACUUCUCUGAUGAGUCGACCAACGACGUUUCGGUUCACAUCACGGAGUUGAGUUUUGGAUACGUCUCGGAUUUCACUCCUAACCCACCUUGUUCUCCCAACUCGACUCUCAACCCGCUCCUCUUCACCUCUUUCAAGCAUCUCCGGAAGCUCUUCUUCUAUAAAUGCUUCACCGAAACUCCGGUCUCAGUCCCCGGUGUCUCACCCACUUUCGCACAAACGAUCGAGGAGCUCGUGUUUAUCGGAAAUCCGGCUUUGGUGGGUCCUUUGAGCGACAUGGUCAGUAAUUUCACGAGCUUGAGGAGGCUUGUUUUGACGGGCAAUGGGCUUUACGGAAACAUUCCUGAUGGGGUUGGGGAUUUGGUUAACUCUGAAGAGAUUACUCUCUCUAUGAACAAUCUAAGCGGCGAGGUUUCUUUGAAUUUUUCUAAGUUGAAGAAACUUAAGGUUCUUGAUUUAAGUGGCAAUGGUCUCGUCGGAAAUGUCCCUGAACGAGUCGGUAAUCUCACCCAACUUUUGAAGCUAGACCUCAGUUCAAAUGGGUUUUCCGGGAAAAUCCCAGAGAGCUUGGGAAAUUUACAGAGCUUGGAGUUCAUGGACCUGAGCUUCAACCGGUUUGCUAAUUUCGGGAUUCCAUUGUUUCUAGCAGAGAUGCCCAGACUGAAGGAAGUGUAUCUGAGUGGGAAUUCACUCGGCGGACAGAUCCCAGAAAUAUGGGAAAAACUGGAUGGAAUUCUGGGGAUUGGAUUUUCCAGCUUGGGACUUGAAGGGAAAAUCCCAGCUUCCAUGGGAGUCCACCUGAAGAACUUGUGCUACCUCGGGCUAGACAACAACAAUCUCCGAGGAAAAGUGCCAGAGGAAUUUGAAUUCCUGGAAUUUGCCAGCGAAAUCAAUCUGGAGAACAACAAUUUGAGUGGGAGAGUUCCAUUCUCAGCCAAAUUCACUUCCAAAGUUGGUGGAAAACUGAGAUUGAAAGGAAACCCUGAACUCUGCAUUGAUGAGGAUCUCAGCAGUGGAAAAAGAUCUUCCAGUCUGCAGCAAUUGAAGCUGUGUACCAAACCAGAUAUCCCCAUUCAUGUCCUUCCUUUAGGAGCUGCAAAUUCUGGGUUUUCUUCUUCUUUCUCUCAUCUUUUGGUUCUGUUCUUGUGUUUCUUGCUUAUCAAGUAUUAAGAGUACCAUUAGGAAAUUCACGUAAACAAUAGAGGUUAAUUGCAGAG